CGUCUUUUCCCGCAAGCGCACUGAAUGUCGAGAAAUCUCCAUUCGGGUUUCCCACGACGUUUUGACCAAUCUCACUUUUCACAUCACAUUUCAUCCGUCGAGAAAGGCAGACUACCUUACGUACUAGCCAUGCCUCCCAAAAUCGAUCCCAAUGAGGAGAAGAUCAUUCACCUCCGCGCGACGGGCGGUGAGGUCGGUGCCUCGUCUGCUCUCGCUCCCAAGAUCGGUCCGCUAGGUCUGUCGCCCAAGAAGGUGGGAGAAGACAUUGCCAAAGCGACGGGCGACUGGAAAGGUCUCCGUGUCACCGUUCGCCUGACCAUCAAGAACCGUCAAGCCGCCGUCUCCGUCGUCCCCUCCGCUUCGUCGCUGGUCAUCAAAGCCCUCAAAGAACCCCCGCGAGACCGCAAGAAGGAGAAGAAUAUCAAGCACACAAAGUCGAUCCCCCUUGACGAGAUCAUCGAGAUCGCGCGCCAGAUGCGCUUCAAGUCGAUGUCGAAGGAUCUGAAGGGCACCGUCAAGGAGAUUCUCGGAACCGCAUUCAGCACUGGCUGCCAAGUGGACGGCAGAAGUCCCAAGGCUAUCAGCGAUGACAUUGAGAGUGGCGAGAUUGAGAGUACGCACUGGCUCUUCCCAUUCAAAGUUGUCCCCGCGCUAACAGAUCAUAGUUCCCGAAGAGUAAAGGUAGCAUAGAGGAACGACAUCGAAAACCUGUAGGCAUAUCACAAAUGUGAAUCCCAGCUUCGUCGGUUGCUCCAUCGUCCGUGCUUCAUGUUCACUUUGCCAACACUCUGGCCUUUACCGCGUCUCCCUGGUUUGGGCCUAUUUUGGUGCAAAGAAGAUUGACGCUUCUAUGACCGCUUACUCACCGCGCUGCCUUUGCCUUCGCGGCUGUGGGCAGAGUGGUCCAUCUUUUCAGGUCCACAUCACGCCUCGUAGGAUGGAAUCGAGCUGCUUUGUAGUUCCGUCGAGAUAUCAUACCAUAGCUUACCAAAAAGAUACC